AUGUCCGCCAAGAACAACCCUAUCACCGAUCCCACCAACGACGCCAUAAUGUCCACCACCGAUGCCAGUCAGUCUCUCGACCAUGACGCUGCCGACAACUCCCACUCAGCUCCUCCUGUUGCCCCGGACAUCGGCACCGCCUUCCAGCAAGACACCCUCUUCAUGGGCUUGGACGGUAGCAGUGACUCUCCCGAGCGUGGUCGUUCAUUCUUUAGACGCGGCAACACUAGCGGCACUCACGCCCCCACUUAUUUCCUUGGAGGUCACGACGGAGCCAUGGAUCCCGCCCUUUCUCACGAUGGAGCCGGAGACAACGAGUCCGACGAAGAGAUGGACGAAGGCGAGGUCGAGCAUGACAGCGAGCAUGAAGGCGACGAGGAAGAAGAACCUCAGGCCCCUUCCACCUCCGCCUCUGCUACUGCCGCGGCAGCCUCUCGCCGUAGACGUUCUUCUCUCUCGGUCGCUGGCAGUCGCUCAACCUCACGUCCUACGGGCUACAUGUCAGCCGGCGGUGAGCAGGUCCACGGCUGGUGGGCACCCGCCAACCUGGCCCUCAUGAACGUCUCCGAUCUGGCGUUGCACCACAACAUGGCUAUCCUCACGAGAAAGGUUGAUUUUCUCACUGAGAACACAGCCCUGAGUAGCGCCGGCCGCAUCAAGGGGCCCACGGUCGCCAAGACCAAGGUUGCUCGUGAUGCUAGAAAGGCCCUCAAGGGUCCGGAGCUCAUGACUGCUUUGAGAGCCUUCCUUGCACAGGGCGGCAAACUCGCCAUCACCAAGGCCACCGUUCUCAAUGAAAUUCAGUCGCAGUCUUUCCUUACCUUCCUCAAGGGACAUGUCAAGGACAACCCGGACAUCGAAUACCUUUACACUGGUAUCGCCGACAUGGACCUUGACGGCCUCCGUUCCCUGUUCGCCGAGAUAUCCACCGACGAGAAGAAGCACCUGGCCGAAAUGGCCGCUGCCGCUACUGCUGCUGAGCCCAGCACUGAAGCCCCAGGCAGCAAGCGCCAUCGUCAGGCUGACGCCGAUGACGAAGAGGACGAAGACGAGCAGCCUCCCGCCAAGAAGCCUGCUCCUUCCAAGGCUCCCAAGGUUGCUCCCAAGGCUGCUUCCAAGGCUGCUCCCAAGGCUGCUUCCAAGCCUGCUGCCACCAAGAAGGCUGGUACUUCCACUAGCAAGAAGACCACUGGCCGCUCUUGA